AUGCUGAUAACGGGUCUGGCCGGAGAAGCCCUCCACGGGGGCUCCGGUUCCCGGACGGUGGUGGUGGGGGUGAAGCUGGAUUCCCCCAGCAAAGAGUUACUCACGUGGGCUAUGGUCAAAGUUGCUCAGCCUGGUGAUAUUGUCGUUGCUCUACAUGUUCAUGGGAACCACGAAAUGGUGAACAAUGAUGGGAAAACGUCUCUGCUUUCUCUUGUCAAGGCAUUUGACUCUGUUGUUGCUGUUUAUGAAGGAUUCUGCAAUUUGAAACAGGUGGAUCUCAAGCUCAAAAUUUGCCGUGGUUCAUCAGUGAAGAAAACGUUGGUUCGAGAAGCAAAUGCUUAUUCUGCGACUCAUGUUGUGGUCGGAACUGCUCAAGGCUUCCAUAAAAUCUCUGUAGCUAAGUAUUGUGCUAAAAAGUUAUUUAAGAAAUGCUGUGUUCUUGCUGUUAACAAUGGGAAAGUUGUGUUCAAGCGUGACGCCUGGCCACCAAAUGUUGCUGAACUACAAGGGACUGAUCGUCGUCACAGAAAUGGUUUGUUUGGUUCAAUUCAUUGGACACUCAGUAAGAGUACAAUUCAUUGGACGGAUGCUGAUGAGGGAACCCGCCAAAAAAUUUCAGAUCACAGUUUAGCUAAGGUUUUUCUGGAUUCUACAGAAAUUGUUAGAAAAGAGAGCUGCUUAAUUUGUGGCCCAACCCAGGCAUUACCCAACACUUCUUGCCACCAAUCUGCAGAAGGGUCUUCUGAUGAUGUUGUUAGUGAGAAUUCUUUGGCUAUAGUGCCUGUUCAGACCCCUGAUGCAGGACAACCUGAAUUGAAACCGGGUUGGCCACUACUGCACCGGAGAAUUUUAUCAGACAGACUAUCUCAUGAUAGAUCAUGGAUGCACCAUAUAUCUGUGGUUCAGUGGGCAAUGAGGUUGCCUUGUAGAAAUCUUUCACAUGCUGCAGAUCAUGAUAAAAAACCUAACAUUUGUGAUCAAGGUCAAGAUCAACCUGUGACUCUAGAUGGUGAAAGUGGUGCUCUUGUCGUAGUAGAUGCUGAAAUAGGGAUAGCUUUUUCGCCUGAAUGCAAUUCCAGAAGUAUUCCUAAAGAAUUGGAGGGCAUUCAUGAGAGAUACUCAUCAACUUGCAGAUUGUUUGAGUACCAAGAACUUGUAUCAGCGACAUCAAAUUUCAUGCCGGAAAACUUGAUUGGGAAAGGAGGAAGUAGUCAGGUUUAUAGAGGCUGUCUUCCUGAUGGCAAGGAACUUGCUGUCAAGAUCCUAAAGCCUUCUUAUGAUGUUUUGAAGGAGUUUCUUUUGGAAAUAGAAAUUAUCACUACCUUGCAUCACAAAAACAUUAUUUCCCUCCUCGGGUUCUGCUUUGAGAAUGGAAAACUUCUUCUGGUCUAUGAUUUCUUAUCAGGAGGAAGCCUUGAAGAGAACCUUCAUGGGAAUAAGAAAAAUCCACUUGUGUUUGGUUGGACUGAGAGAUAUAAGGUAGCAACGGGUGUUGCUGAGGCUUUGGAGUAUCUGCAUUGUAAAGAUGAUCAACCUGUGAUCCACCGGGAUGUAAAAUCAUCAAAUAUAUUAUUAUCCGAGGAUUUUGAACCCCAGCUCUCUGAUUUUGGACUGGCUAAAUGGGCAUCAACCUCGUCCUCACAUAUAACCUGCACAGAUGUUGCUGGAACCUUUGGUUACUUGGCUCCUGAAUACUUUAUCUAUGGCAAAGUAAAUGAUAAGAUCGAUGUCUAUGCAUUUGGUGUCGUGCUCCUUGAGCUUCUUUCAGGGAGAAAGCCCAUAAAUGGUGAUUAUCCAAAAGGUCAAGAGAGUCUCGUUAUGUGGGCAAGUCCAAUUCUAAAUAGUGGAAAGGUGUUACAAUUGUUGGAUCCUAUUUUGGGUGAUAACUAUGAUCAUGAGGAGAUGGAAAGGAUAGUCUUAGCAGCCACUCUCUGUAUCAGACGUGCUCCAAGAGCUAGGCCUCAAAUGAGCCUUAUUUCAAAGCUCCUUCAAGGUGAUGCUGAUGCAAUAAAGUGGGCAAGGCUAGAAGUUAAUGCUUUGGAAGCGCCAGAAAUGCUUGAUGAUGAAGUGUUGUCUCCUAGUAAUCUACAGUCACAUCUUAAUCUUGCACUGCUUGAUGUGGAGGAUGACUCACUCUCAAUGUGCAGUGUUGAGCAUAGUGUCUCCUUGGAGGACUACUUGAGAGGCAGGUGGAGCCGCUCAUCAAGCUUUGACUGAGCAAGCUACUAGCAAAUUGCUACA